GUCAUUUUCAAAACACUGCCCUGAAUAUUUCCUGACUCAGUGUCAUAACAAUAUUUACCAUACCCAGAUUUAGCACUCUGACCCACUACUGAGUAACCAUGCCACUGGAAUGGCUAUUUGGGCGCAAGAAGACGCCAGAAGAGAUGUUGAGGCAGAACCAAAGAGCUCUGAACAAAGCAAUGAGGGAAUUAGACAGAGAAAGGUCAAAGAUGGAACAACAGGAGAAGAAGGUCAUCGCUGACAUCAAAAACAUGGCCAAGAAGGGGCAGAUGGAUGCAGUUAAGGUCAUGGCCAAGGAUCUUGUGAGAACGAGGCGGUACGUGAAGAAGUUCAUCUUAAUGAGAGCUAACAUCCAAGCAGUGUCUUUGAAAAUCCAGACUCUGAAAUCCAACAACGCAAUGGCACAAGCCAUGAAGGGGGUCACAAAAGCCAUGAUGACAAUGAAUCGACAGCUGAAGCUGCCGCAGAUUCAGAAGAUCAUGAUGGAGUUUGAGAAGCAGUCAGAGAUCAUGGACAUGAAAGAGGAGAUGAUGAACGAUGCCAUUGAUGAUGCCAUGGGAGAUGAGGACGAUGAAGAAGAAAGUGAUGCCAUUGUUUCUCAAGUCCUUGACGAAUUAGGAUUGCAGCUCACCGAUCAGCUCUCAGACAUCCCAAAUGCAGGAACAAGCUUAGGAACCAAAACAGCAGAAAAGCAACAACCACAGGCUGCAGGAGUUAGUGACGCAGAUGCUGAUUUGGAGGCGCGUCUUGAGAACCUGAGACGACAGUGAGAGGGAGUGGUCAAUAUAUGAUUGACAGAUGGAUGACUGAUCCGCGUGAAUGAAUUAUAAUUGAGUGCAUGCAAUGACAGUAUUUUAGUAAAACUCUGAGAAAGAGAUUUUCCUGGUAAAGAGAGAUAACUCUGGAUACCAAAAUACAGGAGUUGUCUUACCUGAUCACUGUGAUGGAAAAGGUGCAUAAAUGGUAUACAUGUACAUGUAAAACU